AUGGAGGGGCAGAUGCUGAGGGUCCUCCCCGCGCAGCAGGACUGCAGCAUCCGGGAGAAAAUAGACCUAGAAAUCCGAAUGCGGGAAGGAAUAUGGAAGCUGCUCUCCCUGAGUACAAAAAAAGACCAGGUUUUACACGCCGUUAAGAACCUCAUGGUGUGCAAUGCUCGGAUACAGGCAUACACGGCAGAGCUGCAGAAGCUGGAAAAUCAGAUUGGGGAUCAAACCGGAAGACGUGAUGUGAGUUUUGAAAGUAAAGAAGGAAAAUCCUGCAAAGGGAAGAUCGCCCUGUCAGAUAUUCGAAUACCACUGAUGUGGAAAGACUCCGAUCACUUCAGUAAUAAAGAAUGCACACAGCGCUACGCCAUCUUUUGUUUAUUCAGGAUGGGAGCUGAAGUGUUUGAUACUGACAUGGAGAUCGUGGAUCAGACAAUCACAGAUAUAUGUUUUGAAAAUGUCACUAUAUUCCACGACGCCGGACCAGACUUCCAGAUAAAGAUAGAAGUGUACAGCUGCAGCGCGGAGGAAUCAUCGUCGUCCAUAACCAACACGCCGAAAAAGCUGGCCAAGAAGCUGAAGACGUCCAUCAGUAAAGCUGCAGGAAGGAAAAUAAGCUCAGCGCUCCAGGAAGAGAACGGGGAGGCGUGCUUGCUUGCCAGCUCUGUUGCGGGUGUGAAGUACCAUUUGCUAGCUCACACCACCCUGACCUUGGACAGUGCCGGGGACUGCUUCAAGACCCACAAUCUGUCUGUUAACGGAGAUGACGAGUGUUCCUUCUGGCUCCCCUUGUUUGGCAAUGUGUGCUGCCGGCUGGUGGCCCAGCCAGCUUGCAUGGCCGAAGAUGCGUUUGCAGGAUUCCUGACUGAGCAGCAAACAGGAAAAGGUCUGGUUGGCUGGAGAAGGCUCUACUGUGCUCUGAGAGGGGGCAAACUCCGCUGUUUUUAUGGUCCCGAAGAAAUUGAAGCAAAAGUGGAACCGACUCUGGUGGUUCCCAUUGACAAGGAAACCAGAAUUCAGGCUAUGGAAAAGGAUUCGAAGAAAAUGCACCGUUUCUCUGUCAUCAACACAGCAGCUGGGGGAGCUGUGACUCACACCUUUGUGACUGACAGCCCGGGAGACUUUCAAGAGUGGAUGGGCGCCUUCCGGCAGCAUUUCUCUGAUCUUAGCCAAUGGAAGCAUUGUUGUGAAGAACUUAUGAAAAUUGAGAUUAUGUCACCACGGAAACCACCUUUGUUCCUGGCAAAGGAGGCGACCUCCGUGUACCGCGAUAUGAGUAUUGAUUCACCUGUGAAACUUGAAAGCUUAACUGACAUAAUACAAAAAAAAAUUGGAGAGACCAACGGACAGUUCCUCAUUGGUCAGGAUGAAAGAGCCUCACCACCCCCAUGGGCCGCAGUUUUUGAUGGCAACCAUGAAAUGGUCAUCCAGAAGAAAGUGUUGUCCCCCACAGGCAACCCGGCGCCUGAUGGGAAAAGGAAAAAGCGGCGAGCUCCGCUUCCUCCUCCUGGUCAGCCCCCCUUCAGCCUAAGGACACAGAGUGGCACAGACCAGGCCAGGGAUGGCGGGGCACAGGCCAGUGUCCCUGGAGCCUUGCCUUCGGAUCCCAGAUUGUCACCGUCCAUGCACCGCUUGCAGAAACCAGUGGCUGCCCCUCGCAAACUUCUCCCUGCCAGGAAAAACAGCUCAGCUGAUGGAGAACACACAGACACCAAAACCAGUUUAGACGCGAAGCCGGUGCCAGCUCCAAGGCAGAAAUCCAUCAGAGACAUGCUGGACCCUCGGUCGUGGCUCCAAACUCAAGUAUAGGAGGCUUGUACUGUGUAAAUCGAGCUGUGAGGCUUGG